AUGGACAGCUCUUUCCCACAACAGCAUGAAUGUGAGGAGGAACUGGUUUUUGGGGACCAGGAGAGAAACUUCAGCCUCGACCAGGAGGAUCCAGAGCUUCCACAGAUAAAAGAGGAACAGGAGGAGCCUUGCACCAGUCAGGACGUAGAUCAGCUUGUAGUGAAGCAGGAGACUGAAGGCAUUAUUAUCUUCAUGGUGGCUCCUACUUAUGAGGAAAGUGAGCCAGAGCUGGACAGUGAACGUCUCCUUUCUUACAGCUCUCCUGAACCAGAGAGCAGAGAUCAGCAAGACAACUUUCCAGUGUCAGAGAGUCAGCGUAAAACUGACACAAGCAAGAAGUUUGUGAAAUGUGAGAUUUGUGGAAAAACCUUUGAGUAUAGAUCCAAACUAACGAGACAUAUGAGAGUUCACACAGGUGAGAAGCCACAUUCCUGCAGCACCUGCGGAAAAAGAUUCAGCCUGAUGAUAAACUUGAAAACUCACAUGAGAAUCCACACGGGUGAGAAGCCGUAUUCUUGUGGCAUCUGCGGAAAAGAAUUUAGAGACCAAUCGACGUUCAAGAAGCACAUGACGGUUCACACGGGUGAGAAGCCUUAUUCUUGUAGCACCUGCGGGAAAAGCUUCAGUCAGAAACCAACGCUGGAGAGACACCAGAGAAGCCACACAGGCGAGAAGCUGCACUCCUGCGGCACCUGUGGGAGGGAAUUCAGUCAGAUGAUAAACUUGAAAACUCACAUGAGAAUUCACACAGGUGAGAAGCCUCAUUCAUGUGGCACCUGUGGGAAAAGCUUCAUUCAGAGGAUACAGUUACAAAGACACAUGAGGAUUCACACUAGUUAAAAGUGGGAGAACUGUCAGAUGAAGCAGUCCACUAAGAAGACAGAUCAGAGCAGAUCCGAUGACCUCCUUCAUUAAAAAACUCUGUAUUGUUUAUUGUAUGUAGGGGUGGGAGAUAUAGACUCAAAAUAAUAUUUCAAGAAAUGCACAUUUAAAAAAAUAACGUACAUUUUUAUCAGCUCGGCAGGCAGCAGCAUUUAUGUGUAAGUAAAUGAAGGAUUUUCCAUCUUUCUCUUCCAGUGAGCUGCUGUCACUGAUGACAGCUUAGCUAAUUCAAAGUGUGAA